AUGUCCGACGACGGGAUGAACAUUGAUGACGGGGGGGUCGUCAGGAGGAAGGGACGGGGUUUUCAGAGUGCUGCAGGAAACGAGAGUGCUGUCACCUCCGAGCAAGUCUUUGACAGGGUGGAGUCGGGACAAACCUCAGAAACUCGGGCUGCACGAUCUGUCGAAGGAUGGAUCGUUCUUGUCACAAACGUCCACGAAGAGGCCACCGAGGAGGACGUGACGGACAAGUUCGCAGAGUACGGGGAGAUUAAAAACUUGCACCUCAAUCUUGACAGACGGACGGGUUAUGUCAAGGGCUAUGCAUUGGUGGAGUAUGAAACAAUGGCUGAAGCGCAGGCAGCCAUUGAUGGCGCAUCCGGGACGACUCUGUUGGAGCAGCCGCUGCAAUGCGACUUUGCCUUUGUCAGGCCACCACCGGCAGGGCCGAAAAAGGGCCGGGGAAGAGAAGGUCGUGGACGGAGUGCUAGUCCGUCGCGUCGGCGCGGAGGGGACUAG